AUGGGAGACUCUGAAGUGCACUCUGAAGUGCACUCCUCGGAUACGGAGGAGAUAGUUCGCCGAAUGCCUGCGGAAGAAAGAGACCAGAUGGAGAGAGCACCCGCACCGACGACACCGAAUGGAACCCCACUUCCUCGUGGUCCACCGCCACCCAGGCCAGUUCAGGAGCAGCGCUGGAUCUCCCACAUUAUCUCCGCGGCCGUGGGACAGGCACUUCUUGAGCAGGGCGUCUAUCUACAAGAGGCUUUGACCUACCUGCCAGGCAACUGGCAAUACCUGGAUGCCAUCACAAUCAGUAUCUCCCCUAUGACGCCGGCAGCCUCGUACCACCCCAAUGUACUCAGCUUCGACGAGGACCCGAUCCCUGAGGAGGCGGAAGCGGAGCACCCUACGGAGGAUGCAGAGGUCGAUGAGGCCACUUCGAACCCCACGGUAGCACCCACAACGGCAUCUACGGCUGCGACAGGGCUUGCUGCUGGGAGUGCCACGACAACGGGCGCUGGUGCAUCAUGGCCUAGUACCUCAGCAGAAGCCAAGCCGAAGACCAGGAAGCGAGGACCCUACACUCUGCAAGUGUCUCGCAAAUUUUGUCUUGUGUGUGACCCUAACCUCCGUUCUUUAAGUGCACUCUCUCGCCCAGGCGGGCACGCACAUCUGAGUAGUGAGCUCUUUCGGAUUCACAGGCUCUUCCACAUGUGCAGAGAGCUGAUGCACAAAGUGCUUCUAGCAGCAGUUUGGCUGCGCACCGCCACGAUGACAGAUCUGCUGAACAAAAGCCUGACCGAGUAUUCUGCAGUGAUUGUCUUUGAGAACGGUGAUGCAAUCGUAUGCUACAAGCAAAUUCCUCAUCUGGCCAGGUACUCUACAUGGCAAUGGACUCCUUCGGCAGGUGGCUUACCACAAUCGCUUAUCGUUGAAAUGAUCCUCCUGCUUCUCUUGCUGCAUAGGCUGUACUUCUUGCACCACACCCAUGGACUACAUGUACGGGCCCACGAGGCUUCCCUCAGCUAUAAGAAAUACUACCCUGCAGUCAUCCUCGAUUCAGGAUGGUGGACUACUUCAUCUACAGAUGAGCAGUGUACGGCAGAUGCCGAGGCCCAAUCAGCAGACCAUCACUAUUCAAGAUAUGCAGCACACCCACUGUCCGGAACGCAUGCUGAAGGUCUUUCCUUUGCAACCAGCUCAAGGAGGUGCAAGUGGCAUCUUCAUCUUCAGGCACGAUGGUCGUCUUUCCGGAAGAGAUUCUGUGACUCCUCAGCAGGACCUAUCAUCAUCAAAUCCAGCCGGGUCGGUCCCAAGUCCGACCGUGCUCGCGGAACGACACCCAGGACACGAACAGUCAUCGGCAUUUUUCUUGUAGUCCUGUGGUCAAUGUUUGUACCAAGUCAAGCCGCGGGUACAGAUGUGAGGGUUGACGUCGAUCCCACUAGGACGUCUGGAGCCAACUUGGCGAAGCAUGUGGGUUAUCGGGAGGCGCAACAGCCCAUUCACAAUCAUGAACUUAACAGCUGUGCUAAACGCACAUAUCGUAGGGCGUAUGCCAGGGCUUGCAGAGAUGGAGGAGCCUUUUAUCGAGGCCAAUGGCGAGUGCAUCAAUGGUUCAGACCGGUAGCAAUCCAGACCAAACAGCUGUCCGGCGCACGAAGGCCCUCGACUCCGCGCACAUCUCUGAGAAUCCUCACCUGGAACGCAGGCGGCUUGCAUUCUCAGGUCUUCCGAGAAUUAGAGACAUACUUGGAAGAUUCUGCUAUUGACAUAUGCAUGAUCCAAGAGACCAAAUGGUCUUUUGAUGGCAACUGGUCCACUCCUGGGUUCCAUUAUCUGCAUACGGCAGGCGAGGCCAAAGAAGACAAAGUUGGUGGCCUCCUCGUCGCCAUCUCGACCAAGAUAGUCUCGCACUCCAAGGAUAUCCAGUUUCAUGCAGUACAUCCGGGUAGAAUCUUCCAUGUAAGGGUCAAUCGCAAACAGCCGCUCGACAUUCUCAACCUCUAUCAAUACACGGCCAAUGACAACAAGCUCACGCCUGAAAGGAGAAGCAAAUUUCUUCGACAACUACGACAUACUCUCCAAGGCCUUCCCACACGACACACUUUGAUCAUGGGAGGUGAUCUCAAUACUACAUGUACCCCCCUCGACAAGGUUUGUGGAAAAUGGGUCAUGCCGAGCUCGGACGCGCAUAACAAGGACCCAGAGGACCUUAUGGCGAUCUUAUCGGUUCAUGCGCUCACUGUCCUCAACACAUGGAACAGGCCGUCACAUGGUCAGCUAGAAACGUUCACCUUCGGACAGCUGACAUCACAAAUUGACUACAUCGUCACUCGGCAGGAUCAAGCAACACACAGUGCCAAACAGGCACAAGUGGUUUAUCCUUUUCCCGUUGCAGCGUGGAGAGAAGGGGCGAAGCACCACCCAGUGCUCUGCCAGAUUACCAUCCCAGACUACAGAUGGCCCAAGGCGACCACCUCAACAAUUCCCAAAGUUGACACUCAGCAGCUGAUCCUCGACCUAAGGUCCAAGGAGCCACCUACGGCACUACAACAUCUUCGCGCCGAGGUUCACCAAGGCAUUCAACAACAAAAAUGGUCGACACUACAGCAACUUGAACAUGGCAUGCUUCAGGUGGCCCACGAUCACUACCCUCUACGACAUCAACAAGCGGAAGAAAGGCCAGAACACCAGCAGCUUGCACAUUGUGCUCGUCGUAUGUGGGCUCUUUUCAGGGACAUGCGCGCUCAUCCUUUCAGUGCACAAGGAGUGUUCAAGGCCUGGACCCAAUGGACCAAGUUCGUACAGGCACAUCGGGAGCAUAAACAACGUGCUAAGCUGCGAAGUAAGGCCAGAAAGCACGACCUCCUGGCCAAGGCGCAGGAAGCUGCCUCACAAGGCAACAUGCAUCAAGUUUGGCUGGUGGUCAAAACCUUAGCACCGAAGAGUAAACGAAAACCACUCCAACUACGCAGAAAUGGCCACAUGCUGACGCCAGAGGCCGAGCUCGACUGGAUCAUUGAAGAGUUCGGUGCUAGAUAUGGAGCAAGACAGGCGCCAUCUACCAGCAUAGCUCGUGAACACCCACCUCUACAAAUACAGGAGUGCGAAGUGUGGCAUCAGCUGGAGCGACUUCCCCUACGGAAAGCAGUACCGCACACAGCUGCACCUUCGGUUAUCUGGAAAGCUUGCUCCACAGAAAUCACCCCGUUCAUCACUCACCAGGUCAAUCAAGCAUGGAGCCAGGAUGAACUCAUCAUUGAGCAGGACUGGGCGGAUGCGACGGUUGCCCUACUUCCUAAACCACAAAGCAAGAAUGAUACUCCGAAAAGCUGGAGGCCCAUAGGUAUUCAGCACCCACUGGGCAAAGGAAUCAUGGGCAUCGUGAUCUCGAGAGCAAAACUUCAAAUACAUCAACUGGUACAAGCUUAUCCGCAAACAGCUUACGUUCCUCAUCGUAGCACACACACCGCGCUCAAGCGGGUCUACUCACACUGUUCUUAUGUGAGACAACAGGCAGCACUGCACCGACUCACCCCACAUCAACAACAGGCGGGAGCAAACAAAGUCUCCAGCAGUGGAGGACUACAAAUCAGCAUGGAUCUUUCUUCAGCUUUCGAUCUGGUCUCUUGGACCUCGAUCAAACAAGCACUCGAGUUGGCACAUGUGGAUCCCUCAGUUCAAGAAAUACUGUUACUUUGGCUCAGCCAAGUUCGGUACAUUUUCAGGCAUAAAGAGCAUGAGAAGGACAUCUGGCCCUCCUGGGGUCUCAGACAAGGCUGCGUGGGGUCGCCAGUCCUGUGGGCAGUCUUUACCGCCCUCCUGAAUCAGGCGAUUGAUUUACGACUUCAAGAACAAUGGUGCCGAGACCACGCGACACUGUAUGCGGAUGAUACACACUUGAGGUGGACAUUCAGCACGAUUGCAGAGUUCGACCAAGUGAUGAAUGAACUCAGAUGCACAUUUGCUGUUUUCAGGAGGCUUGGCAUGCAGGUCAACAACGAGAAGACCAAGGCCAUCCUCUCAGCGGAGUAUUUGGGACUCAUCAUCUCGUACACCAACUUCGAAAAGCAGUCUGUGAAACACCGGGUAACCAAGGCCAAUCAUCGCAGAUGGGCACUGGCCGCCUAUCAUCAGGGACACCAGCCUCCAAGGCCUCCUCACAGAGACCCCUUGCUGUUUACUUUGGCCAAGACGGUGCUGAAACAACAGGAAGAGUUGCAGGUGCUACGGCAAGACACGGCCUUUGUGCUUUACCUCAGGCCCGGCGAGAACUCAGUGCUGAGCCAUCUUUACCAAACGGCGGUUCGGUUCAAAACAAAACUCGAAUCGGAUCCACAGUGGAAACUUGGGCAAUUCCCGUUGCGGAUGGUCUUGACGGUUGCACUGUUCACGGAACUGGUCACGAGACUCAACCAGGUCUUGGCAUCUCAGGAUCGCUUGAAGCAGGUGACGGACCAAGGAUGGAGAAACGAGGCGGGAUGGAGGUUCCAACGUUGGAACCCGACAUUACGUCACUUGGAAAUGGACACGGCCAAGGAUCCGAUCCCAGACGAUCAACUCUUGGAUCAUCUGGCUACAGCCUUGCAAUGUCUGAAACAUCCCAUCGUGAACAGGUUCCGGUGCAAACGAAAGAUGACAGAAACGAUGACGACCCAGGCCACGUUUGUCAUGGAUAUCUCAAUGAGAAGCCAAUGCUCCACCACCCUAUGGGACACCAUGAGAAUUCUGCAGAACAACGCAGUGUUCCAACUGGUUGGCAUGACGUACAAAACCGAGGGACUGGGUCGAAGCCCGGUCGAACAGCAGAUUCGAGACCUCUUGUACGGGCAGCGGCGACAGUAG